UUCGGAAUAGUGAACUCAGUUUUCUUUCUCUCAGUUUCAUAUUGAAGUGCACUCUACUGACGCGCGACUUGUGAUAUUUGUAUCUUCCAUUGAAGCAACUUCUGAGAAGCCUUUGAUGAAACUGGGGCUUUUCUCUGUGGGUUCAGGGCGACUGCCCCUCCUACCCUGGCUCAGAGGCAGUUUGUUGCAGGCAAUUGUUUUAAACCCUUCAUUAUUACGGCGAAACUUUAAAAAUGGAUUUUUUGUUCCGGUGCCAAGGGCGGCUGCCCCUCCUGCCCUGGCUCAGGGACGGGCCUGUACUUCGCUUAGAAUUGCUGGGUUUUGUUAUGCUUCUCAUCCCACUAUAUCAGCACCUGUGGAAGGUUCGACCCCUAAAUCUGCUAGACUGAGUAAACUGAUGAAGAAAUUAGACGAGCUUGGCAUUGAAGGUCACGAGGCUAAGGGAGGCCAAUAUAACAGGUUGUUGUGCCCUAUGUGCAAAGGUGGUGAUUCGGGUGAGCAUUCCUUGUCAUUACACAUAAGUGAAGAUGGGAAUUCUGCAGUGUGGCUUUGUUUCCGUGGAAAAUGUGGGUGGCAGGGCAACACAAUGGCUGCUGCCAAUGCUCAGUCAUCCUUUGGGAAGUUGAAUAAAAUUAUGACAUCUGGAAAAAGAGAAUUAACCGAGAAGAGUCUUGGGCUAGAGCCACUUUGUAAUGAGCUACUUGCUUAUUUUGCGGAGAGAAUGAUAACUGCAGAAACAUUGAGGAGAAAUUAUGUUAUGCAGAAAACCUUUGGUAAUCAGAUUGUUAUUGCAUUUACUUACAGGCGAAAUGGAGUUCUAACAAGCUGCAAAUAUCGUGAUGUCACUAAGAAAUUUUGGCAGGAAGCUGAUACUGAAAAGAUUUUUUAUGGGUUAGAUGAUAUAAAAAAUGCAAGUGAUAUCAUCAUUGUCGAAGGAGAGAUUGACAAGCUUGCAAUGGAAGAAGCUGGCUUACACAAUUGUGUGAGUGUGCCUGAUGGUGCACCUCCUAAAGUUUCAGAUAAAGGUGUUCCAUCUCCGGAUAAGGACACAAAGUAUCAGUAUUUGUGGAAUUGCAAGGAGUACUUUGAGAAGGCAUCUAGGAUAAUAUUAGCAACUGAUGGGGACCCCCCUGGCCAAGCACUGUCAGAGGAGCUUGCUCGCCGCUUUGGGAGGGAGAGAUGUUGGCGAGUUAAGUGGCCAAAGAAAAAUGACUUUGAUUACUACAAGGAUGCAAAUGAGGUACUAAUGUAUUUGGGGCCAGAAAAACUCAAGGAAACAAUCAACAAUGCUGAGAUAUAUCCGAUUCAGGGAUUGUUCUCUUUCAGAGACUACUUUCAUGAAAUUGAUGCAUAUUAUGAUAUGGCUCUUGGUGAUGAACUUGGUGUUUCUACUGGUUGGAGGUGUUUGGAUGAGUAUUACAAUGUUGUACCUGGUGAAUUGACUAUAGUUACUGGCGUUCCUAAUUCGGGAAAAAGUGAAUGGAUUGAUGCUUUGUUAUGCAACCUUAAUGAAAGUGUUGGCUGGAAAUUUGCUCUUUGCUCAAUGGAGAACAAGGUCCGGGAACACGCAAGAAAACUUUUGGAGAAGCACAUAAAGAAACCAUUUUUUGAUGUUCGGUAUGCUGAAUCUUUUGAGCGCAUGAGUAGAGAGGACUUAGAGCAAGGAAAGAAAUGGCUAGAUAAUACAUUCCAACUUAUACGGUGUGAGAAUGAUAGCCUUCCCAACAUCAAAUGGGUUCUUGAUCUAGCAAAAGCUGCAGUUUUGAGGCAUGGUGUGCGUGGCCUUGUCAUUGAUCCGUAUAACGAGCUUGACCAUCAACGUCUUAGCAGCAUGACAGAAACAGAGUACGUUAGCCAGAUGCUCACAAUGGUCAAGCGAUUUGCUCAACAUCACUCUUGCCAUGUUUGGUUUGUUGCUCAUCCUAGACAGCUGCACAACUGGAUUGGGAAUGCUCCUAAUCUUUAUGACAUCAGUGGUAGUGCACAUUUCAUCAACAAAUGUGAUAAUGGAAUUGUAGUACAUCGGAACAGGGAUCCAGAGGCUGGCCCUAUUGAUAGAGUACAGAUCUGUGUAAGGAAGGUGCGGAAUAAGGUUGCUGGCACAAUAGGUGAUACCUACUUGACCUAUAAAAGGAUAACUGGUGAAUUUGUGGAGCCGUCUGAGCCAACAUUCUAAUUUCACACGCUCCAACAUGACGAUGGCAAUGACUUAUGAUCAGAUGAACCAAUCGCCUAGUGGAGUUUAUUGAUUCUUCAAGGCCCUUCUGCAAUUUCCAAGUUGGGGGAAAAUAUUGGAGGUAUAUACUCAAGAUAGACGUGUUUUUUGAUAAAUGUUUCUUUCUAAUUUGACUGGAAGUUUGCAUUGGUAUGGAGGAAGAAACGUAGUUCAUUCAUAUGGUCUAGAAAUAGCAGCAGGAAAAGAAGUAUUUGUUUUUAUGAAGGCUAUAAAGCUUCAAUUGCUACAGUAUUACAUUGUUUGUAUUCUAAUUUCAACCGUAAUUUUGUAGUAAAAUUCUAUUGUUAAUUGUAUUGUAUGAUUAAGUAAAACUCUAUUGUUAUUUGUAAGGUUAAUUGUAUAUAUACUAACUUUGACCAUAAUUGUUUUCUAUGGUAUAUGGUGAAUUAAGCUUUAAUUAGUGGUAUAUGGUGAAAUUUCCGUUUAGUCAAUUAAUAUUAUAUACUCC